GUUAUAAGCCCGGUCCAUGCUGUGGACCUAUGUUCAUAUCCCAGGGUUCUCUCUGUCCGGGUAGGCUGUCCAUCCAUCUACGUGAUUAUUUCCUGUAUUAAAGACGCUCUACAAGGCCCCAGCCAUGCCUCCCCUCCCUGCCCCCCUCUUCCUGGUGGCGCUCCAGCUUGUAGGACUCAGGGUUGUCCACUGUGGGGCGUACUACGGACACAAGCAACACCCACAGCACCACCAGCCCAUGCAGCACGUCCAGCACGUCCAGCACAUGGGCAUUGGUAAGGAGGGAUUCCCCCUGCCACAGUUCCACGGUAAAGAGAUGCCCUACAUGCAGUACCCCCACUACAGGAAGGAGAUCCCCCAGAUGCCCAUGCACAUGGGGAAUGAGAACGCCCAUAAAGGGGGCGGCUACAACGGCAGGCAGGACAAAGGUCAGACAGUCCCCAGCGGUGCUGAAGGAAUGCCCCAAGGUGAGCCAGGUCUAGCCGGGCCUCCCGGACCAGAGGGACCCAUGGGACCUCCUGGACCGCCUGGAAACGGACAGCCGGGGCCUGCUGGAAUACCGGGCCCUCUAGGUCCACCGGGGACACCUGGGGCGGGCAAGCCAGGUAUGCCGGGACUGCCGGGCAAGCCAUGUGGAAAUGGUGAGCAGGGGCCACAAGGAGAAAUGGGUCCCAGCGGCAGCGAAGGCCCCAUUGGACAGCCGGGGCCUCAAGGAUCUCCAGGACCGCCAGGGCUGCCUGGAAUAGGAAAGGCAGGAGGUCAGGGUCUUCCAGGCCAGCCAGGAACCAAAGGCGAUCCUGGGCACAAAGGCCUGCCGGGCCUGCCGGGAUUACACGGACCCAAAGGGGACAAAGGGAUGGGCGCGCCGGGACAACCGGGACACAAGGGUCUCCCUGGCCCCCGAGGGCCCCCCGGCGCGGGUGGGCUACCUGGCAUCGGGAAGCCGGGUGCGAACGGACAGCCAGGGCAACACGGACCGCCAGGGAAGCCUGGACCUCUGGGCCCAAAAGGACAUCCUGGGCCCUCCGGAACGGGAGGGGAGCCCGGGCCACCGGGUCUACCUGGUCAUGGGAGACCAGGCCAGAACGGCCUGCCUGGACAGCCAGGACCCCUAGGGAUGAAAGGUCAUCCCGGACCCCCGGGACUUCCUGGGAAGCCAGGACUACCUGGUUUUGGAAAACCAGGAUUCCAAGGGCCCAAGGGGGAUAAGGGUAUGGGUGGUCAACCGGGAGGUCCAGGACCUGCUGGAGAUAAAGGUCACGGUGGUCUGCCUGGUAUGCUUGGACCUCCUGGGCCAAAUGGGCAACCGGGUUCCCCAGGUGUUAUUGGACCGUCAGGCAGUGGUGGAGCCCCUGGUCCUAAAGGAGACCAAGGAGUAGGGGGACCAAAGGGGGUCGAUGGAGUCAAGGGAGAUCCUGGCCUGCAGGGACUUCCUGGAAAGGAUGGUCUACCGGCAGAGCUUGGUGAGCCAGGACCCAGAGGUCCACCAGGAACCAUUGGGCCAAAAGGAGAAAACGGGCACAAAGGUUUACCUGGGGCCCCUGGUUCAACAGGACUACCAGGUCCAAAGGGACAAGGCGCGGCUCCUGGUGAACUCGGGCCCCAAGGUCCUAAAGGAAUUCCAGGGCUGGAUGGUGCAGCAGGACCUAUCGGACCACCUGGUCUUCUUGGUCCAAAAGGAGACAGUGGCGCUCCUGGUGGGCCUGGCAUUGCAGGUGUGGGGACUCCAGGUGUCAUUGGCCCAAUGGGACCCCCAGGGAAGGAUGGUAUAUCAGGACCGCCCGGAAAACCAGGUGAACCUGGUUCCCCCGGACCUCCGGGCCCACCUGGAACCGCUGACAUGAAUCCGGAUUUGAUGGGAGUCCUCCCGGGGAUGGGCCCUGAAAUCGAUGGGGUCAAGGCUGGUGGUUACGGAACGAAGGGGAAGUUUGGGGAAAACGGGGCAGAGGUAUUGGGGGCCAGUGGCUUGGAAAUGCCAGCGUUUACAGCUUUAGUCACGACACCCUUCCCCCCAGUGGGUGCCCCCAUUAUCUUUGACAAGCUGUUGUAUAACGGCCGCCAAAACUAUAACCCUCAGACAGGUUUGUUCACAUGUGACAUGCCCGGCAUAUACUACUUUGCUUACCACAUUCACUGCAAAGGGGCCAACAUAUGGGUGGCAUUGAUGAGGAACAAUGAGCCUGUGAUGUACACAUACGAUGAAUACAAGAAGGGUUACCUGGACCAAGCGUCGGGCAGCGCAGUGCUCCCUCUACAACCGGGGGACACUGUGUACAUUCAGAUGCCCUCCGAUCAGGCCUCAGGACUUUAUGCUGGCCAGUACGUCCACUCGUCCUUCUCAGGGUAUUUAUUAUACCCAAUGUAAAAAUGAAAACAACACAUAUUCAUUUUUUGUAAAAUAAUAAUGUUCGGUCAAAAUAGGAAGGUGUAUAACAGGAUGACACAAAGUAAGGCCUAAUUCUGAAACACAAAUCAGUGUAUAGACAUUAAAAAUGUCAACAAUCUGUAGUGGGUGGUUGACAGAGAUUAAAGCGUUAUUAAACAGAAAGGUAUGAGUAUGAAUGAGUGUGUUCAAUGAUUUUCAUAUUUACAGGCAUAAAUAACCAAAUUGAAUGUGUAACCUUGUAAAAUGUUCACGUGAAAUUGUGCUCUACACAAUGUAUGUGAACCUUCAAAUCCUGUGUGUGUGUGUGUGUGUGUGUGUGUGUGUGUGUGUGUGUGUGUGUGUGUGUGUGUGUGUGUGUGUGUGUGUGUGUGUGUGUGUGUGCGUGCAAGCGUGCAUGUGUGUAUUUGUGUGCGUGUGUGCGCGCAAGCGUACAUGCGUGUAUUUGUGUGUGUGUGUGUGUGUGUGUGUGUGUGUGUGUGUGUGUGUGUGUGUAUGUGGGUAGGUGGGCAGUACUUGGAGAGUGAGAGAGGAGGGGGCUAAACAUGUGCAGUAUGGUUGUUGCAACAGUGUCAUACUGUUGCCUCAAUGUUUCAUCACUCACCAAGUAUGGAUCACUUUAUACUUAAGCUGGCAGCUUCACUGUGUGGCAAAGAAUGUAUGAGGAAAGUUUGACAUGUAUUUCCUGUCAAACGGAGAUUACGCAUGCUAUGUUUAGCAUGUGUCCCUGGAUAGGUUAUUUUUUCUACUCUGAAAGCCUGAAUUGUGAUUGGUUAUUUUCUAACGCAGACAUUAAGAAGUUAUGUAAGAGAAGUGUAAGGUGAAAGUUUGUACAGGUGAUAAUGUUUACUGGAAUGAUGGAAAAGGUUAACAGCAUUCACGUAACAUUCUAAAUGAAGUGUUUACAAAUGACUCAAUCCCGAUACAGAAGAGUUUUACUUUGAAGUACAAACAUUCCUUGUACUCCAAAAUGAUGCUGUACUUCAUUUUCAUUUUUUUCAUUUUAAUAGAAGAGUAAGAGGAAAGGUAAAAUAUUAUUUUGCUUGGUUUCAAGCAAAAGAACAUUUAGCUAGAAAUUAAUUUAAGACAUAAUUUGUUGCUACACCUAUCCUUCAACAAAGAAUACAAUUGAUACAGUAAUCACACUUAAUGUACAAACCACUAUGGUCAGAAGAAAACAUUACAUUACAUUAGAAAACAGUGCAUUAGCUUGUCCCUGUAGUCUAAUAAAUAAUUUUAAUAGCUCAUGCCAAGACUGACAGUUUAAAAAUGUUCAGCUUGUUACUUGUUUCGUUCAGAAAGACAUAUUUCACUACACUACCCAAUUUCCAAACUCAGAUCAGUUUAUUUUGGUAAUUUGUAAUUGGAAAUCACAAAUAUAACAAAUAUCCAAAUCCUACGUCCUGUAGUGAAGAUGACAUCAGAAAUAAAAUUGUACAUGCUAUAUAAACUUUUGAAUCAAGGUGCUAAAAUGUUUAGUGUAACCAAAGAUACAUCGAUUUUGCUUUUGAAAUUAUGUAUGUUGUUUUUCUUAAUAAAAGAUGUAAUAUAAA